UGAAGAGAAAUUGACCAAAAAAAUCCUCAGAAUCAAAGCACAAGACGCUAUUUCAGAACGCAAAACACACCCCAUUAACACGACGGGGAACGAAGCAUCAUGGCCAAUGAAACCCUAGCUUCGUCUUCUCCUUCCACGCCCAACGUCCCUCCAGAGCAUGCUUGGAUCGAUGCCCAUCGUGCUCUUCUUCCCCGAUGGAACUCCUCUUCGUCGUCGUCGUCGUCGUCGUCCUCCUCCUCCUCCUUUCAGACAGCAAUACCGAUCUCGAUAUCGAGGGUGAACCAGUUCGACGCGGCGAGGCUUGAUGUGGAGAUGGCGGCCAUGUUGAAAGAGCAGCUCGUCAAGGUCUUUUCAGUGAUGAAGCCAGGGUUCUUGUUUCAAUACGAGGCAGAGCUUGAUGCUUUCCUUGAUUUCCUGAUUUGGAGGUUCUCUAUUUGGGUGGAUAAGCCCACGCCUGGGAAUGCUCUUAUGAAUUUGAGGUACAGGGAUGAGCGCGCCAUGGUAACCAGAGGGAAAGAAGUAAGAACCGGUGUAGAAGGUCAGGGGCUUUCAGUUUCUCAAAAAAUCUGGUAUUGUCUUGGUACGGUUGGUGGUCAGUAUCUAUGGGCACGCUUGCAAGCUUUUUCUGCUUUCCGUAGAUGGGGUGAUACUGAACAGAGAUCAUUUGCACGGUACUUGUGGAUUCUAAUGCAACAUGUGGAAGGCAUUUAUAAAGCUGCAUCUUUUAGCAACCUGUUGUUAUUUCUAUAUAAUGGAAGGUAUAGGACAAUUAUUGAGAGAGUGCUUCAAGCAAGGCUUGUAUAUGGAAGCCCCAAUAUGAAUCGAUCUGUAAGCUUUGAGUACAUGAAUCGGCAGUUAGUUUUGAAUGAAUUCUCUGAAAUGUUGCUUUUGCUUCUUCCACUCCUCAAGUCAUCCUCUAUAAAAAAACUUCUUCUCCCAUUCUCUAAAGAAAAGACUCCUGGAUCUUCUAAUGAUGAUGAGAUGUGCCCCAUAUGCCUAAAAAGUCCCAGUACUCCAUUUGUUGCACUUCCCUGUCAACACAGGUACUGUUAUUACUGCAUUAGCACUCGUGCCACUGCAGCUAACUCAUAUAGGUGCGCACGGUGUAAUGAGACAGUUGGUGCCAUUCAACGACAUGGACUGACCAAUAAUCAGAAGUAGUUCUGUGAAUCAAUGGAAUGGGAGAAGUUCAAUAACAUGUAGUGUAUUUAAUUGCUAGAGACCCACGCACUCAACAGAACAUCACAAAAUUUCAGGUAGGGAUACUCGUGUAGAUGCUUAUUCUUUGAAACCGUUUGGUUCAGAAAACAGCCGAGUUUAUUAUGGAUGUAUAAUCUUUAUUCUUUCCAUUCCAUUUCAGUCCUUUGUUGGGCAUAAUUUUUAGUAUAGUUUGGUAUACUACUUUGUUUGAACAAUCUGUUGUGUGGGUGCUACUAUGUGGCAGAUAAUUUGAUAUUAUGCUUAUUACCAGCCGGUGAAUGUAGGUUGGUAAGUAUGAUCAUAUUUGGUGAGUUAAUGAUGAAUUUACUGU